UAAUGGCCACAGCCAAUGAGCGUUCCUCUUUUCUUCUGCCCGCCCCCCCUGGCCAAUCACCGCCUCCUUUGUGUAACCUUCGGCUCCUCGGCAGCUCUCGGCUAUUUUCGUUGUUGCUGGCUUUUUCAGGAGCUGCUCGCUUGCAGCCUGAGACGCUGCUUUUUUUCCGGGUUCGGAGCCGUUCCGGAUGCUUUAGGUUGCCGGAUGUCUGAUCUCCGGAUAACUGAGGCGUUUCUGUACAUGGAUUAUCUGUGUUUUAGAGCACUUUGCUGCAAGGGACCACCACCUGCACGACCAGAGUACGAUCUGGUAUGCAUAGGCCUCACAGGUUCUGGCAAGACAAGUCUGCUCUCAAAGCUGUGCAGUGAAAACCCUGAGAAUGUUGUGUCAACCACAGGUUUUAGUAUAAAGGCAGUGCCAUUCCAGAAUGCCAUCUUGAAUGUAAAAGAACUUGGAGGAGCUGAUAAUAUCCGGAAAUACUGGAGUCGCUACUAUCAAGGAUCUCAAGGGGUAAUAUUUGUAUUAGACAGUGCUUCUUCAGAGGAUGAUUUAGAAACUGCUAGAAAUGAACUGCACUCAGCUCUUCAGCACCCACAGUUAUGCACUUUACCAUUUUUAAUAUUGGCCAAUCAUCAAGAUAAGCCAGCUGCACGCUCAGUGCAGGAGGUAUUUUUAUUGUAGGAACAUGCAUCUGAUUAAUAUACAUACUGCCAUCCCCCAGAGGCCAUGAUGUCCAAACCUGAAGUGGCUUCAAAUACAGAAAGAAGACAAUGACAUUCCAAGAAACACAAAUGUUAUGGUUUGAGUCCGGAUAUUCCCCCAAACCUUCAUGCAGUCACGGAGGCAGGCUUCUAGAGUUUGUGAAAAACUUAUGGUCCAAUGCUGGGAUUAUAGGUGUGAUUGCCACACCCAAGUGUGUGUAGCCUACAAACAAUAUAAGAGACAGAAAAAGUCUUCUCACUUCUCUCCCCUUUUGCUCUUUUCACUCUUGUCACUUGUGGCUGCCAUGGAUGGUUGCCCUUUAGCCACAAAACCCUGCCUUGGAACCACCUAAGUAUGGACUGAAACCUCCAAAAACUGUCAGCUAAUUAAACCUUUCCUUCCUUAAAUUUGGUGUGAACUAUUUUGUCUCUGCAACAAGAAAUAACAAAGAACCAAGGAAGCCUAUCUUACCAUCUCUUACCUGUGUUACUUCCCUAUAUCAAGCAACCACUGACACUGAAGGUAAAGACAGGAGAGGAUAACAGUGGUUCUGAUUCUUUUCAGUUCCUUCUAACUCAUGAGAACCCAGAAGUAGAUGGAAUGUGCAUGUGUCAAGAAGCAAAAUAAAAACAGGCUAGUUUUGUACAGCAUAUUGGAGUUGGGUAGGAUGGGUCUGAACCCAGAACCACAGUGGCAUCAGUAGUAGCUCUUAGCCCAAAGCUGACUGGUGGGAUCUGCUUGGGUUGAGAUCCAAUAGGAACAAAACUGUCCCAAACCUGUGACCUCUGCAUGGCACAGACUAAUGCAGGGAAGACACUAGCUGUAGACUGGCCUGGAGGAGAGAAGUCAGCCCACAUCAUUCCUGUGUGCACCUGACAGAUCAACAACAAACUGGAGAGGGCAGCAAUCCUCUAGCCAGUAUGCUUCAGAAAAACUGUAAGCAGUACAGAAAGGACCUGAGUCCUCUACCAUACACCUGUCUGAAAGAAACCAGAAACAUGACAAGAGAAAGAAACAAGAAAAAGCCUCUAGCCACUGACCCAGGAAAAAUAAGUCCAGGAGAGGUAAAUACACAAGAGAUCACGGACAGCAAACAUGCAAUAUCAGACAUGGUAUCAGCCAACAUAAAGAACUAUUUCUGUGACAUCGAAGAUGAACUUAAAACUGAAACUCUAAUUCAAGUGAAGCAAGAUAUAAGAAGAUUAAUAAAGAAAUGCUAAGCAUCUCUCAAGAAGACACAGUUGGAAAAAUGGAGGAACCCAAAAAAAGGAGAGAAAUCUUUGAUGAAGAUUAAAAACAAAAUCUAGAAUACAUGAAACAGAUUCAGAGAGAUUACCAGGAAAUUAAAAACUCCAUUGGAACCUGGCAAAAUUGCUUGACAGAAACUAAAGUUACACUUUCAAAGCUUGAAGAUAGAUUUGCAAUGAGUGAUUGUGAAAGAUCUCUUAAAAAUAACAAGGAACCUAGAAGUAACAAUACAAAGGCUAGAAGACAACAAGAGGAUUUAUAACAAGAAUAAAAAUGUGAGUGAAGAAGCAGAGGUAAACAUAAAUGAAAUACAAAGACUAUUCACAGAAAUAAUUAAGGAAAACUUCCCAAGCAUAGGAAAAGGAAAUGAUAUUCAGAUGUAUGAGGCAUACAGAACUCCAACCAGCUACAACCAAAACAGAUCUACACCCAGACAUAUAAUAAUCAAGAUCCCAGAAAUUCAUCACAAGAAAAGAAUAUUAAAAGAAGCCAGAGAAAAGAAACAGAUCACCUAUAAAGGAAAACCCAUCAAAAUCACAAUAGACUUCUUGACACAAACCAUCAAAUCAAGAAGAGCUUGGAACAAAGUAUUCCAAGUCCUGAAAGAAAUAACCUCCAACUCAAACUGAUAUACCCUGCAAAACUGUCUCUCACAAUUAAUGGAGAAACAAGAUGUUUCCCUGACAAAGAGGGCCUGGGGAAUUUGUGACCACCAAUCCAACGCUACAAAAAAUCACCAGGAUUCGAGGAACAGUGGCAGAGAGGCCUCAACGAACAGGGCAGACAGUGGAAUGAAGGAGAAAAGUAGACAGCCAACAGCAGAAAAAUAGCAUAGCAGAGAUGAGACAGGGAAGAUUGGCUAAAAUCUCUAACACAGAUGGCCUUGAUAGCCUAACAAAAAGAAACACAGGCAGAGUAGAUCAGCAGAUAGGGUCCAUCAAGAUGCUCUGAAUAGGAAAUAUAAUCAACCUAAAAGAGGGUUAAUGAACCGAAAGUCAAAGAUGAGAAAACAAUGCUCUACAUGACAGGGACCCAAAGAGAAAUAGGGGAAGCUCGUCCAGUUAGAUUGGAAAAUCAUGACACUUUUGUGCAGUGGAGAACUACUCAGCUAUAAGGAAGGAAAGUCUUGAGGCUUUAGUAAGGAAUACAGCUCACGAUCAAGCUCAGGGGUUAAAAAGGUUCAGAAUCACUUAGGUAGAUAGUGGGUUGCCCCCCUAAUCUAAAAACUAGAGUUAGUGGGACCCAAAAUGUUCAAAGCAUCCUGUGAAAGUGAAAAGGGAGGAAUUUUCUAAAAAAAGGGAGGCAGAGGACAUUGUUAAUAGUGUAUCAGGAUUUAAAAUCCACAUUAUUCUUAUCACUGUUUAAUUUGAUUCUUUUCUGUUCCAGUCUACUCUUACUAGAUUUGAGAGCAAAGACAGCUCCCAAAAAUAGCUGUAGGAUAUACUACAGUAACUAUCCUUAAUUUCCUAUUAACUUAAACUGAAGCCCUGUAUUACUUACAAUGUGUAACUAUGACUGAUCUUAUUUGAAUCUGGUUGUUAGAACAAUGUUUUGUCUUGACUGAUUUUAUUCGAAUGUGGUAUGCUUGAUAGUAUCAAGUCUGAGCAUAGAGGCAGUUACUCUGAAGAUCACAAGUUAUUAAUAUUGCUACGUAGUGCUAUGUUCAAUUAUACUAUGCCAGAUGAUAUAGAUAAUUCUAUUGAACAUAAAAAGAGACAUCAUAGUAACUAUUGUAGAUCACCUAGUAGUAUGGUUUUAUAUGUCUUUUUCACUUUGUGUUUUUCUAGGAAUUUGUUUUGUUGUCUUAUUUUGAUUUUUUUUACUCUAAUACAGAAAGGAUAGAUAUACAUGUAGAGACUCAUGCAUGUGUAGAACUUGUAAACAGUUUAUGAGAAUUGAUUAUAUAAUUCAUGAUGUAAUGAACAAAUACUUUGAAAAAAAGAGACACUAAGAUACCCAGUACAAUUCCAUAGCAUCAUAAUAUAAAAUCGAGCAAUACUAUUAUUCUCUGUUCAGAGUGAUAUUAUUCUGUUUUCUUUUGUUUAAAAGAAUUUCAACAUACAUAAAGGUAUGGACAGCUAUUUUGAAGAGAACAAGAGACAUUAUGGCAGUCUUUGCUGACUUCCCUAUUGUCUGGUCUUGAAGACCUAAAAUGCUUUCAUCAUCCUUUGUGGAUCAGUGUUAUAUUAUUUUGUUCGGUAUGAAUUCACUAUGUGUGAAGAUAUGGACAACUAUUUGGAAGAAAACAAGAGACAAUAUAAUAGACUCUGAAGAUCUCCGGUGGUCUUGCUUUGAAAUCUGUGUUUCUUAAAUUGUUUUCUUAUGAUCUAUUUUGCUCUGUUGUGUUAUGUUUAAUUUUACCCUCUUUUAAGUAAGUAAGUAAAUGAAUAAAUACAUGUAUGUUCUUACAAUCAAAACUGCAACAUUUUCACCAACACAGGGCAGAUACCUAGUUACUACAGUUGGCUUGCUGACGUUCACCAUAUGGUGAUUUGGAUGCAGCUUUGUUGCUUGUAUCUACUGUACCUUCCUCAUUUAGCUGACUCCCUGCCUUUGAGAGAAUAGCCAGGUAUUCUCCAGGGUGGGGUAACUCUCCUGCUGGACCUGUCACUCAAAAGUCACUACUAUUUUAUACAAGCUAAUUCAAGGUAGGACACUCACCUUUUAUCCUAUUAAUUCUGAUCAGAUCACAUAGCGGAAAGCAUGAGAAAACUCCAGAAAAGAGGCAUCAGGAGAUCAGCCAUUCCUCUGAUGCUUCCUGAGGGCAAUGCCACAAUCAUUAUUUGCACUGCUCAGCUAGGACAAAAUCUGGCUGCCCUCUCAGGUGAUAUCUAAAGCUUUUUAGGAGAAAAAAUAAUUUUGAUGAUUUUUUUUCUACUAAUGUGUGCUCAGAAAGAUGCCUUAGGUAGAUUUCCCAAGAUAAAGCACAACUCCAAAAUCAUAGCACUACCUUUUGAAUGCACAGAACAAAAUUACACAUUGCUAUUGUGUUACUCCAGCAGACAGACAAUGGGGCUUCUGGGACAUGGUGUGUGGCAUAAAAAGACCCUGGGAUACACCUACAGAUGCAAACUCCUGGGCCAGGAUCCUAGAUCUACUAACUCAGAAGAUCUGUGAAGGGUUGGCCAGGAAUCUGUAUGUUAACAGGCUCUCUAGGCAACACUGACUAAUAAAUUACUUUUUCCCCCAUUUUUUGAAAUGAGUAUGGUUUGCAGUACAUAAUGUAUAUAUUCCUUCUGUGGAGUUGGUGCAUGUACGUAACACAUUACUAUUCCUUUUUCAACCUUUUCUCUCCCUUCUCCCUUCCAUCCACUUUCCCUUUGAGAAAGAUCUAUCUUCCUACUUCCUAUUAUCUGUCUUUUACUUAACAUUAUGGUCUCAAUGUGCAUUCAUUUUCCUACAAAUGACUUCAGCUUAUCUUUUCUUUAUGACCAUCACUACUUUUAAGCAUCUGUAGGCAGGAAAGGGCAGACAAGGGUAAACAAUAACAAAAGUGAAUUAGGAAUAAGGAACUAUGUUUUUCCAGGUGUUAUUACACUCACUCUAGUCAGCCACAUUCUCCCUGAAGUUGUAGAUAGGCACCGUGCUGAACUUGGAGACAAAUCCUCUGUAGUCUUGGGACUCUGAAUGCCACAUUGCAGUGUCCCCUUCUUGAUAUAUAAAUAGGCCUUCUGACAGUAGAAUGUGAAUGUGUAUUUAAGACAGAAAAACAAGCUCAUACUGAGAACUCUGAAGAAAAGAAUUCUAUGACUUUAGUGAAAAGGUUGGUAUGCCUAAAGUAGGCUUCAAACCACACUACACCUACCCUUGGGUUUUAGGAAGAUGUUCCAGUGGGUACAAGGUAGGAUAGUUUUAUAGAGACCAAGUCUUCAAUUUAUAUAGCAAUUUAUUUUUAACAUUGACCAACUCGAGUCAAGUUGGCAUUCUGCUACUUCCCCUUCCCUCCUCUUUACAAUUCCUUUCUUCCUACUUUAGAAAAGACAAACAGACUUCUCACUGUUCUUUAGUCUUGAUUAGGCAUCCUGUGAUGUGAUGCUUUAAUACUGGAUGUGUUACAGAAGCAAAAUCAAUGGUACAAUGACUCCUUGACAAGAAAUUAGUGCUUUAACCAAGUGCCAUUCUGUAUGGCAAAGACCUCCCAAGCCAGACUUUUCACAGAAGAUUCCCAAUACCCUGCCAUGACCAAGGAUCCCAGUUAUCUAAAAGUCAACCACAAACAAAGAACAAGACCCAAAACUUUAAAAUAAGCUCACAUUAGCAUGCUUUCUUGACCCCACCUCCCUGCAGUAGGCAGGCCCUUGUCACCAUUAACAAGAAGAGGGGGAUGUCUCACUUCAAUACAGUACCUACAGUAUGGGGCUGGAAAAGUCAUCAAAAGCAUUAGGGGUACUUGGGCUGUUUACUCCACAUUCCUAUCUAUCUGCUGCCCAAUUAACAUGAUUUGCAGCUGAGAAAAUAAUACUUUCCUCGUCAGAGAUAAAUUGGGUCCCCAAACUGAAACAAAGAGGAGAGAGGGAAUGAUGUUUAUAAAAGUUAUUGCAAACAAAUGCACUUCAAAAGGAGCUGUGGUGACAGAUUCUGUUUCACAGUGUCCUCCCAACUCUUCUCAGCCUCUUGAGACCUUUCCUCAGGCUCCACUGGGUGGUGUUUUCACCACUGGCCUGCUACUUUGUGAUGUAGUAUAAUGUAUGGAAUGAACUGAGUCCAGAAUCUAGGCCUGUCCUGUCCAAUACAGUAGCUACUGAGCAUUUGAAAGGUGGCUGACUGUGGCGUAGGUAUGCUCUAAAUAUAGACUGUGCCCUAGUAUGCAACAUAGCACAAAAAAGUAAAUAUCUCACUAAUCACUUUCAUAUUGAUAGCAUGAUGAAAUGACAAUAUUGUGGAUGUAUCUGGUUAAAUAGAAUACUUCAUUAAAAUUUGUUUUACCUGUUCUUUUUACUUUUUUAAAAAAUGUAACCACUAAGGAGUGUGCACUAUGAUAAGUCCUCCCACUUGUGACUUGCCCUAUGUUCCUGUUGGACAGUCUGUGAGUCUAGACUGUGAACAAAGGUUGAUGAGAAUGUGCAAGUCCAUUUCUGAUUGGUAAAUGGAGUUGGGGAGAUUUGUGGCUACAGUGACCCCUCCUACUGAAAAGAUGUGUGACAGUUGGAGCAUGUGGGUCCCAGGCUCACAGAUUGUAAACCUGCCUUCCUUCUGGUUCUAAUACUUACUUAACCUCAAAGGAACUUUAAUAUUUAAACCAAAUGGCAUGUGAGAUUUCAGGAGGCUGAUGUAUUGCUCUCCAUUCAGCCAUUUGAGAAAUCCUACUGAGGUCUCCAUGCAGCUGAGCGCCAGUUGCCGCCAUAUCCCAGUGGAAGUCUGGCACUGCGCUAAUGAGCGGUAAAAUUUUUUCCCCACUUGUUUGAUAUUAAAUAGGAAAGCCUUUGGAAUGAAACAUUUACAGAUAGUGUGAAAAUUGGAAGUGUGGGUUUUAGCUGAGCCAAUGACAACAGAUCCAGAGCCUGCAGUUGCCGGAUGGUGAGAGAGCAGAGCUGCAGCACCCACUGUGAGUUCCACCACCAGGGUGGGAAGUGGGAGCUGUCUCCAGCUUCCUCCUUUCCAGAGCAAAGCACCCACGGGAUCCCGCAGGUUACUGCUGGUACAGCUCUGCCCUCUACACUGUUAUUCAAGACAGCAACUUACUGCUCUAUGCCAAGAAUUGAGAGCCUUUGGAUGAUGAGACUGAGCCCAUUUAUUCUGUUUAGAAACCAAUGCCAGACAUUACAUAAGGCCUCUGCUUGGGCCCCUCAAAUAACAACAUAAAUAAUAAUAAUAGCCUAUAAUUUCUGAGCGCUUCAAACAUAUUCAAUCAUUUAAUUUUCAGCCUCGUGUAAAAUAAAGAGUUGGACUUUUUUGGAUUCUCCUGUUUUCAUUUUUAGUUUCAUUUUGUUUUCUGUUUUCUAAGUUGCCCAAGAUAAUAUACUCAGGAGGAGGGUCAGCUACACACCCAGGCUGUCUGACCAGAGUCCACACAAGAACUACUCCGCUAUUGAUGUGGAGAAUAAAUAUUAAAAUCUCAACAGUAUCUAUUAGCAGUAGCAAUUUCUAUUAGCGAUAGAAAAGUGACAAAUCAGAGCUUCUUCAGUCAUUCGUGGGGCUAGGAGGAUGUCUGUGAGCUGGUGACCCAAAUGUAAAUAUUUUCUAUCAAAAGAAAGCUUUUCAGAUAAAAACAAAAGGGAUGGUCUAUGCCUUUAGUCAGGAUGUUUUUGUGUACAGACCUGCCUGAGAAUAGCUACAUGUGCCAUGGAGCUAGCCCUAGAGUUAGAGCUUUUGGAGAAAGGCAAAGCAAUUACUUUUGUCCCUGUUACAAAAUUCCUUUUCUUUUCUGAAAUGUCCUGUAGGAAAUCCUUUGAGGCCUGUGUAGAUAACAUACUUAUUAAACAAUACACCAUUGAAGCAUGAUCACUGCAAGAUCAAGCCCAGCCUGGACAACUUUAGCAAUUUAAUGAGACCCUGACUCAAAAUAAGAAUUUUAAAAAGGAUGGAGAAUGUAGCUCAGUGCAAAGGCUCUACAUGCAAUUCCCACAUCCAUCUCCAAGUUAGUACUGUAUUCCAACAGGAAACAUCAAUGAAGGAAUGACAUUUGAGAAAGAUAUAAAAGACAAUUUUUCCCCUGAGUUGAGAUGCUUGUAGAAGACACAGAUUAGAGCUACUAAGCAUUGUCUUUCUAUUUCUUUGUCCUUAUGUAAAUAUGAUGAUCAUUACACCAAACUAGAACAAAAGACGUUUGCUCUGAAGUGCCUUCCAUGUGGGUCCUUGCUCAAAACUACAAAAACAGUAAGAAAGCAUUAAGACAUGAUUCUUGUUUUAAGACUCAUUAGAAAUUGAGACAUCCAAAAUUGAAACCACCAAAGAA